AACCGGAUGCUCACUCGUGGCAUAAUCAGGUCGCUGUCAAAAAUGACACGCUCGCCGCCUAGGAAUCCGCUGAUCGCUGUCAUCGGCGCGACAGGCACCGGGAAAUCACAACUGGCCGUCGAGCUUGCGAAGCGAUACAAUGGCGAGAUCAUCAAUGGCGAUGCGAUGCAGCUGUAUGCCGGACUGCCGAUCAUUACGAAUAAGGUCACCACGGAAGAGCAGCAGGGCAUACCGCACCAUCUGCUCGGGUGUAUAGGAUUGCACGAACAGACGUGGGUGGUAGGUACAUUUGUGCAGCAUGCGCUCAAAGUCAUUGAAGAGAUACGUUCACGAGGACGAUUGCCGAUUCUGGUGGGCGGGACGCACUAUUACACGCAGAGUCUACUGUUCCAUGACCGGUUGGCAGAAGCAGAUGAGGACCGAGAGCAGCGCGAGUUCGUGGCAGAUACAUCGGACAAAUGGCCAAUCUUGAAAGAGUCCACGGAUGUGCUAUUGGAAGAGCUGAAGAGAGUCGAUCCCGUCAUGGCUGAUCGAUGGCAUCCGAAUGACAGACGGAAGAUACAGCGCAGUCUUGAGAUCUAUCUGCAGACUGGUAAGAGAGCCUCCGACAUAUACGCUGAGCAGCGAGCACGGAAAGCAGAGGCUGCCGAGAAGGAAGCGGACGAUCCUCGGAUGCGCUUUCCAGCACUACUGUUUUGGGUGCAUGCAGAGAAUGACACACUACGAGAGAGACUGGACAGGCGCGUUGAUAAAAUGCUUGCCAAUGGCCUUCUGGACGAAGUUCAAACGCUCGAUGCGUCCCAUGACGAACAAAUAGAAGCCGGCACUCCGGUAGAUGAUGGCAAAGGCAUCUGGGUAAGUAUUGGCUACAAAGAGUUCCGCGAAUAUGCUCGUGCAUUGCGAACAGGAUUCGCCGACGGUCGCGAACUCGAAAAGCUCAGAUUGACGGCUCUGGAGGCUACCAAAGCCUCAACUCGGCAGUAUGCAAAGCGACAAAUUCGCUGGAUUCGCGUCAAACUCGUUAAUGCCUUAGCGGAAGCCAAAGCAUCACAUAGUCUCUACCUACUCGAUGGCUCUGAGGUGGCGAAAUUUGACGAGACUGUUGCGAGUCCUGCAGUGCAAAUCACUGGACAGUUUCUAGGAGCAGAGGACAUGCCUGCUCCUUCCUCAUUGUCUGCGGUUGCCACUGAGCAACUUCAACCUAAGAGAGAUGACCUCGCGGCUGCACCAGAGGCAUGGGGUAAGGAGUACUGUGCGGUCUGCGAUGUUACUUCUGUUACGCCGGCACAGAGGAAGGCACACAUGGAGAGUAAAAGUCACAAGAAACGCGUCAGCAAGGCAAGGCAAGCUGAAGUGUUUAGAGGAGAGCCUCUCGGCAAUGAUUGAGAUGACUCUAACACACUCGAGAGCUGUAGAACUACAGUCGACGACACGCAGCUAUGCCCGCUGUUGCCCAAAGCUCGAGCCAGACUAUGCGACAAGAGACUUGACGAAUUCGCGCCUUACGCUCGCCGGCAAUGUCCACACGUACGGAGAGCCUUUGGAGCAAAUCGACAGACUGUUUCUCUACACACGCUGGAUGAACCCGCGAAUUGACAGAAAUGUCGAUUGACCGUGUGCUUUGAGAUACCGAGAGCGAGCUCGGAAGAUACUUGUUCCAAGUAGGUGUCGAUAUCACAAAUCAAGCGCAUUUGCGUGCUGUCAAGGACAUUACGCCCAAGCUGGAGCUCGUUGAGCAGACUGCUGCAGGUUGUGCUCCUCCAACGACUUCGGGCAUAUCCGAAACCUUAAA